AGUCGUCCCUCACCUGCUCUUACUAGUUCUAAACAAGCUGCAUUAAGGAAAUUUCCUGAGGCGAACAUUUAUCGAUCAUUCACGGAAGAAGAAGGGACUAUUACAGUGAAGGGGGGUAUAAUGAGCUUAGACCCGGAUCAAACAACCACAGAGAAUGCUGCGACAAGCUUCACGAAACGGACAACGGAAACAGUCCACACAUCUCGGAUCAUGCAACCGGCGACUUACGCGGUCAAGCGUUACGCUUUACUUAGAGGAAUGUUAAGUCAAUCUAGAUUUGAAAAAGAUCAUGAUGAAAAGAAAGAUGGAAACGAAGGCAAGAUGUCUCAGAAUAAAGCUCGACGCCAACCAAAGAGGUCAACGUAUGAUACAAUGCAUUUAGAUCAGGAAAAAAACAAACCUUGGACAAGAAUGGAUUCAUUUUCCGACUCAAAAACAGUGUACGGCUCGUCGAAGGCAGCCAAUGUUGGUUCCAGGAACGACGAUAGUUGUGAUAAAAUAGGAACGCAGUUUCCUAAACGAAUCUACAUCCGGGAGGUUUCAAACGGCGCUUUUGUCGACGAAAUCGUUGAUGUUCAGAACGAGAGAGACUGGGAAGUAUUAAACUACAUGUCGCCAUUACGUCACAUAUCAUGUGGUCCACAUGAACGCUCUCAGAGCCUUAAAUUCCGAGAUUUGAAAAACUUUGACGUUUAUUAUUACCCACAUCCAUGGAGAUAG